AAGAUUGCAUUCCUGCGUUACUUCCUCCCACUUUCUUAUACUCGGUUGAUUACAUGUCUAAGAUAUUCAGCAUAAAUAAUAAUCGAAAUGGUAUAAUUUCCUAACAAAAUUUUCAUAUAUUGACUUUAUAUAUGUUUCUGGAAGUUCUAGUAGUUGAAUAUUCUAUCAGUAAACCCAAUUUUGACGACAAUAUAUCUUCUAAAUGCAUCAAACUCCUCCCUUUAUCUAAAUCAAACAAAGGGAGGAGAGAAAAAAAAAAUUGUGAUUUCUUAGGCACAAAGAGUUUUGUUAAGAACGACAAUGAACGACUUAUUAUCAAGUUUCUCCCAGCACCGGAAGAAUGGUUCUGGUGACAUAGAGAUGGGGGAUGUAGGUGCAAACCUCGAGAAGUUCUUUGAAGACGUGGCGAAGAUUGAGGAUGAUUUGAAGGAGAUAGAGGAGCUCCACCACAAGCUGAGGGCGGCUCAUGAGGAGAGCAAGACAGCACACAAAUCUGGUGUAGUGAAGGCAAUCCGGUCUAGGAUGGACCAGGAUGUGAACCAGACAAUGAAGAAGGCUAAACACAUCAAGGAGUGCCUUCAGGCCCUAGAUAAGUCCAAUGUUGCAAGUCGAAGCCUGCCAGAUUGCGGUCCAGGAAGCACGACAGACCGGACUAGGACCUCGGUUGUUGGGGGUCUAGGGAAGAAACUUAAAGACAAGAUGGAUGAGUUUCAAGAGCUGAGAGCGAAGAUUAAUGAAGAGUAUAAAGAGACAGUUGGGAGGAGGUAUUAUACUGUGACAGGGGAGAAUCCAGAUGAGAAGACAGUUGAUUUGCUGAUUAGCAGCGGAGAGAGCGAGACCUUCCUGCAGAAGGCCAUUCAACAGCAGGGCAGAGGACAGAUACUAGAUACAAUUGCUGAGAUUCAAGAGAGGCACGAUGCUGUUAAGGACAUAGAAAGAAGCUUGAUGGAACUACAUCAGAUAUUUCUCGACAUAGCAGUUUUGGUUCAGCAUCAAGGGGAGCAAAUUGACGACAUUGAGGCCAAUGUUGAUAGGGCUAAUUCCUUUGUGCAGAGGGGAACAACCCAACUGCAGCAAGCUAGAAAACACCAGAAGAAUACCCGAAAAUGGACUUGCUUUGCCAUAAUUUUGCUGCUCAUCAUCAUAAUGGUUAUUGUCCUCUCUUUACGUCCAUGGUCCAAGUAGUUCCUAUGCAGGUCGUGAGCUUCUAGAUGUAGAGAUUGAAGCCUUAUUUUCUAUAGUUUCCUUCAUCUGUUACAAAUCCCCUUAUUUUUUCACCAUUAUAUGUUUAAUUUGCCAAUAUUAUUGUAGAUAAGUUAUGUAUUUUAUAGAGAGCAUCAGGAUUGAAUUUUGAUCAGAUAUAUGUAUACUAUACUGCUACAUGUUCCUUUAAAUAAGAGUAAAAAGGUUAUGAAUUUGAAA